UAGCAUUAUAAUACAUAGAAUAAUAUUGUACAUGCGUGUAUGAACAUAUUUAUAACAAGGGUAUAGGUCAUACAUUUAAAAUACCUAUUGUCAUUAUGGAUUUGUCAAAAAUUCCAAAUGACAAGAAAUUAUACAUCUGCAAAUGGUAUUUUCGAGCUGGGUUUGCCCUUCUGCCGUUUCUUUGGGCUGUGAAUGCUGUUUGGUUCGCCAAAGAAGCUUUCACUGUUCCGCAUUAUGAAGAACAAAAGCAGAUUAAAAGAUAUGUGAUAUUCUCUGGCAUAGGUGCAGGUUUAUGGUCGGCUGCUCUUCUAGCAUGGAUUAUUACAUUUCAGACACAAAGGACAGCAUGGGGUGAAUUUGCAGAUUCAAUAAGUUACAUAAUUCCCACAGGUAUUCCUUAACAUUAUGAUAAAAUUAUUUUAACUGGUAACGAA